UUAAAGCCUUUCUUACCCGUAGACUAACCAGUGUUAAUUUAGUUAUUUCAUGAUUAAAAGGUUAAAUAUGAGUGUUAUAAAAUAUGGACAGUAUUGAGUACAAUUAUAGCAAUGUAAAAAAAUUCAUAAAUAUUAAUAGAGUAGAUUCUACGUCAAAAUAAUCGUUGGCUCGUUAUCGCUAUUUGUUGAGUUAUUUUAAUAUUAAAUCAAAUCUAAGUAAUAUAAAAUAUUUUAUGACGUUAUCUGCAAUUAUUAAUCAUCAGUAGAUAAAGUGACUUAAUGACUUAAGAUCUAAAGAUGGAAGAUGCCAAAGCGGUCGAAAUCAGGAGACAAACGCAAGAAAAGAACCCUUUUAUUAAGGCUAAUAUUUUGGGAAAAGUGUUUUUUACUUGGACAUUCCCACUAUUCUUAAAAGGCUAUAAAAAAGACUUACUAGAAGAGGACCUUUACGCAGCCCUACCAUCUCAUGAAUCAAAAUAUCUUGGGGAUAAAUUAGAUAAAGAAUGGAGCAAAGAACUAAAAGUAAAAAAGAAAAGCUCCUCACUAUGGAUGGCUUUAGCUAGAGUUUUUGGCAAAGAGAUGGCCUUUCAAGCAGUAUGUUACCUGCUAUGUGAAAUUUUAGCUAGGAUAACAGUGCCAUUAUUUCUCUCUCAACUUCUGGAAUACUUUGAACCGCAGUCAGUUAUGUCCAAACAAACAGCUUAUUACUAUGCUGGUGCAAUUGCUACUUGCGUAUUCUUGUCCUCUGCUUUCCAGCAUCAUUAUAUGCUGCAUAAUUAUCAUUUGGGUAUGAAACUCCGGGUGGCAACUUCAUCCAUUAUCUACAGGAAAGUUCUUAAGUUGAACAAAAGUGCCCUGGCAGAAACCACCGUGGGCCAAAUGGUUAAUUUAAUAUCCAACGAUGUAGCCAGAUUUGAAAGGGCAACACUUCAUAUUCAUAGUUUAUGGAUGGCACCAUUGGAAACUAUUAUAGUUAUUGUUAUUAUGUACUAUAGCGUUGGAUAUACUGCCAUGAUUGGUGUUUUACUCUUGUUGGCCUCUAUACCGUUCCAAAUAUGGAUGGGUAAGAAAACGUCCACUUUUAGGCUGGCAACCGCAAUUCGAACAGACGAAAGAAUCCGACUGAUGAACGAAAUAAUUUCCGGAAUUCAAGUGAUCAAAAUGUACACCUGGGAAAAACCGUUUGCCAAACUGGUUGAAAUUAGUAGAAGGCGAGAGAUCGACGAAAUCAAAAAAAUCUCUAUCGUUCGAGCAAUCAUAAUGUCGCUCAAUAUCUUCCUUAAUAGCACUGCGGUCUAUCUCUGCAUUUUAACAUACGUGCUAACGAAUAAAAUUGUAGACGCACAAUACGUAUAUCUUAUUCAAUCGUUUUAUGGAGUUCUUAGAACGACUUUGACCAUGUUCUUUCCGCAGGGUGUAACCGAAUUCGCGGAAGCCAACAUUUCCAUUAAACGAAUAAGACGAUUUCUCAUGUAUGACGAAGUGGAUUUCGACUCGAGCGCUACUUUUAUAAAUAACUCUCAGUCUAGUGAGACCCUUAAACCAGAUUUAACCAAGCAUGAUGAGCUAGCAGUCAGAAUAUCCAUAAAGGAUGCGUCUCUUAGGUGGCUUAAUGAUAGAACGGAGAAUAACUUGGAUCAUCUUGAUCUCGAAGUGAACUCUGGUGAGUUGACUGUUGUUAUUGGUGCAGUUGGAAGUGGUAAGACCACCCUUCUUCACGGUAUACUUGGCGAACUAAAGCCAGUAAAGGGUUCCACAAAAGUAACUGGGAAUAUUUCCUAUGCCAGUCAGGAACCUUGGUUGUUUGUCGGAAGCGUAAGACAAAACAUUAUCUUCGGUCAAAAGUUUGAUGCAACAAGAUACCACGAAGUAGUCAGGGCAUGUCAGCUUGAAAGGGACUUCACCCUAUUUCCUUAUGGUGAUCGCACCAUUGUGGGCGAACGGGGAGUGUCUCUAAGUGGUGGUCAACGAGCUAGAAUCAAUCUUGCCCGGGCAGUUUAUAAAGAUUCUGAUAUUUAUUUACUAGAUGAUCCCUUAUCAGCUGUAGAUGCUCAGGUAGGAAAACAGAUUUUUGAAGAAUGUAUCACUGGAUACCUUAAAGAUAAGUGUGUGGUAUUGGUGACGCACCAACUACAAUAUUUGAAACACGUGAAGAAGAUUUAUUUAUUGGGUGAUAGAAAGAUUGAACAUUCAGGCACUUAUAAAGAGAUCCGGAGUUCUGGCAAACAGUUUUCAAAGCUGCUUGAAGAUUUAAAAGACAUUAUGGAUGAGGAUGAGAUGGUAGAAAAAUAUGACCUAAAACCUAUAAGGAGAAGAAGGAUAUCGACAAAAGAAGCGGUUCCUAAGAAUGAUAAGAAACCAGCAAUGGUUAAAGAAGGAAGAGGAGAAGGCAAAGUAGCUUGGAGCAUUUACAAAACAUACUUUUUAUCAAGCGGGCAUUGCUGUAAGAUUUGGACGAUAUUUCUUAUCUUUGUACUGGUCCAAGUAUUGUCAAGUUUUCUAGAACUGUACUUAAAGGAAUGGGUAAAUAUUAAUCAAUUUAAAAAAAUACAGCAAGAUUCCUACAUCCCUCCAGUAUACAAUUUGACCACUAACGAUAGCUUCCCAAUAGUAGAAAACGUUUUCAGCUCUACAGAACCAUCAUCAGUUUUACCAGCCCUGUCAUCAUUCGAACUAUUUUGGAUAAAUCAUCUUUCAGAUGACUUAGUGUUAUACAUAUACAGCUUGGGAAUAGUGUUGCUGAUAGUUUUAACUAUAAGUCGUUCUCUGGCAUUUUAUAGAUGUUGCAACAAAGCCUCGGUGAGGUUACAUAACAACAUGUUUUAUAAAACCGUUUAUGCUUCUCUAAGGUUUUUUAACACCAAUCCAUCAGGUAGAAUUUUAAACAGAUUUUCCAAAGACAUGAAUCAAGUUGACGAGGUUUUACCACUUUGUUUGCUAGAUUCUUUACAGAUUUUCUUAACGGUGAUUGGAAUAUGCUCAGUCAUAGCAAGCGUUAAUCCAUGGAUGUUGCUUUUCACAGGAGUCAUGCUUACAAUUUUUUAUUUUCUUAGGGUGAUAUUCUUGGCAACUAGCAGAGAUCUUAAAAGACUUGAAGGAAUAACAAGAAGCCCAGUAUACUCCCAUCUAACGGCCUCCCUUCAAGGCCUAACGACCAUAAGAGCUUUCGGAGCUCAAAAAAUAUUAAAAAACGAAUUCGACAACUACCAAAACUCAAACUGUUCCGCCUAUUUCAUGUUUUUGGCAGCUAAUAGAACGUUUGGCUUCUGGCUCGAUAUGCAUUGCGUUGUAUUUAUCACCUUUGUAACAUUCAGCUUCUUGUUGUUCAAUACAGGAACUUUUGGAGGAAACGUCGGUCUGGCAAUCACCCAAGCAAUGAACCUGACAAGAAUGUUCCAGUGGGGAAUGCGCCAAUGGAGCGAACUGGAGAACACCAUGACUUGCGUGGAACGUAUUCAAGAAUAUGCGGAUAUAGUUCCAGAACAAGAUGGAGCUACUCAUGAUCCUCCAAAGUCCUGGCCAGCAACUGGAGAUAUUAAGUUUGAUAAUCUUUGCUUGAAAUAUACCCCUGAGGAACCGCUGGUGCUGAAAAAUCUCACUUUUCAUAUAAGAAGCACUGAAAAAGUUGGUAUCGUUGGACGAACUGGUGCAGGAAAGUCGUCUAUAAUAAUAGCCUUAUUCAGACUUGCUGUAAAUGAAGGAAGAAUUAUUAUUGAUGGGCUUGAUAUCUCUAAAAUACCUUUAUCCAGGUUAAGGUCUAGCAUAUCCAUUAUUCCGCAAGAACCAGUCCUGUUUUCGGGCAGCUUAAGAAAGAACUUGGAUCCAUUCGAGGAGUACACUGACGAAGUCAUUUGGAGAGCUCUGGAAGAAGUAGAACUUAAGCAAGUAGUCUCUAACUUUCCACAAGGACUGGCAAGUAAAAUGUCUGAAGGAGGAUCAAAUUUCAGCGUGGGCCAACGUCAACUGGUCUGCCUAGCACGUGCCAUAGUUAAAAAUAAUAAAAUCCUCGUUCUGGAUGAAGCGACCGCUAAUGUAGAUCCACAAACUGAUGCGUUAAUUCAGAACACCAUCAGAAGAAAAUUUCCUGAUUGUACAGUGCUUACCAUUGCCCACAGGCUGCAUACCAUCAUGGAUUCCGAUAAGGUGGUGGUCAUGGAUGCUGGUAGAAUCGUAGAGUUUGGACAUCCACAUGAAUUAUUACAAAAGAAGGAGAAUGGGGUGUUUUAUGAGCUAGUGCAACAAACCGGUGGAGCUAUGGCAGAUAAUUUGAUUGCUAUAGCACAUGAGAAUUAUUUAGAAAAAUCGACAAAGAACUCUGAUACUUGAGAAGCGUGCAGGAGCAUAUAUGGAUUUAAAUGGGCCUUGUGAUGACUGCAGAAGAUCGACUAAACAGAGGAAGUUAUUUGUUAAUUAUUCUUAUUACAAAUGUAUUACGAAAAUAAAAAUAAUAUUUUUUCACGCA